AUGUCUCCGUCGGCCUCCAGCCUCCUCCUCCUCCAGCUGCUCAGCCUGCUGCUGAGGGCGGUUGCCAUGCCGACCUGCGAGCUCCGAGGCAACGUGGUCCAGGAGGCCCACGACCUGCUGAGAGACCUGGGGGGGCCGCUGCCAGUCCACUGCCUGCAGUACAACUCUGUGGUUUCCUUCCCGAGCUCCGCCCUCCCCGCCGGGUCCGGCCGGCCUCAGUGCCGCCGGACAUUAUGGGUCGUCUACGAGACCCUGAAGGGGGCGGGGCAAGUGUUUGAGGACAAUGAAGUUCCUGUUGGUGAGGGCGGGGUUUCCUGGGACUCCCAGAAACUGGACAACUUCCAGAACCUUCUGUACCGCCUGGUGGAGGACGGGAGCUGUCUGUCCAGGGUGAACGGCUCAGAGGUUUUGUCUUCCUACUUCAGCAACCUGACCUCCGUCCUGCAGCAGCAGGGCAGCGCUGGCUGUGGUUGGCUGUUGCUGCGGAGGGAUCUGCUGCUGGCUCUGCGCUCCGGCCUGCAGCAGCAUCACCUGAGCUGCUUCUCCUGA